CUCGGCAACUCAAGCACGUGAAGUGAGUGCCACAGCUUGAGGUCGGAUCAGUUCCUCGUCGGAUCCCAGGUCGAGUGCGUGACGCACGUUCGACUGUGAAGAGACAAAACAAGCGAGGAAGAAGUAAAGUAAGAACAGAAGAUCGAAGGAAAGACAAAGAAGAAGAGACCGAAGAUCAAAAAGAAGAGAGAAGGAUUCGGAAAGCCAAAGAAGAAGAGAAGACUAUAUAUCAAGAAAGGGGGGGAAACAGAAGAGAGAUCAAGAUAAAGAUUAAGCGGCAAAAGGGAGAAAUUUUAUUCAGGGCCAGCCGCCGACUGCCGAGAUGGACAGCGGAGAGCAGCGUCGCGUGACGGUGCUGGAGCGCUGCUUGGGCUCCCUCGCCGCCGUCAGACCUGCGCCUCCUCCGCUGCAGGAAAAGGUCGAGGCCUCCAACUUCAGCGAGUGGCUUCAGCUGAACUAUUGCCCCACCAAACACUCGGAGAUCCUGCGUUCCCUCCAGCCGCAGGAGCAGCUCACCUUCGCUGCCGCCCGAGAGGACGAGGAGGCGGCCGUGGAGAUCCACUGGACGCCGGUUUUCGGAAGGUAUCUCGUGGCCGCACGGAACAUCACCGCGGGUGAAGUUUUGUUCCGUGAGGCGCCCUUGGUGGUGGGGCCCAAGGCAGGGGCGGGGGCCACCUGCUUGGCGUGUCUGAAGACGCUGCCGGGGGACACGUGGGAAGGCUGUGAGCACUGCGGCGCCCCGCUCUGUCGCCCGCAGUGCGGCGGAAAAGGACACAGCGAGAGGGAGUGCGGACUGCUUACGCUUCUCGGUCUUAAACACGAACCUCAAAACACUAGCCGCAUCAGGCAGCUGAACGCCCUUCUGGCGCCCCUCAGGGUCCUUCUGCUGAUGGAACGGACGCCGGCGGUGAAGGCCAUCGUGGACGCGCUGCAGAGCCACGUGGAGGAGCGCCGCGACCUACCGAUCGGUUGGUUCGUCGAGACGCACAUCGUGGCGGUGCUGCAGGAGAGGCUGCGCGUGGCGUUCGCGGCGGAGGAGAUCCGGCGCGUGUGCGGCGUGUGCGACACCAACAGCUACCAGGUGAGCGAGGGCGAGGGCAGGGUCGGCCGCGCGCUUUUCGUGGCGGCGUCCCUCAUGAACCACUCGUGCUCGGCCAACACCCAGCACUGGUAUAGGGACGGCGUCAUGAGCGUGCGCGCCGUGGUGGACAUCCCCGAGGGCGCGCCGGUCACGUACGCUUAUACCAACGUCCUGUGGGGCACCCGAGCCCGCGCCGCCCACCUGGCCACCGCCAAGCUCUUCACGUGCGGGUGUGAGCGCUGCGUCGACCCCACGGAGAUGGGUUCGCAUAUCAGCUCCGUCAAGUGCCGCGAAUGCCCCCAGGGCCUUAUGCUGCCUCCGUCAGCAGCCAGCGCCCCUUGGCAGUGCCGGGCGUGUGGCGCCAGCGUAUCUGCAAUCGCCAUAGAUACUUUGGUGCGUGCUGGGGGAGCCGCCCUGGGUCGCCUGCGGCCAGAGGACGCCCAAUCCGUCUCGGCCACCCUCGCCCACCUCACGCUCCUCCUGGGCGACACGCACUACGUCGUUGUCGAGGUCAAGCACGCUCUUGUUCGUGCCAUUAUGGCGACGUCACUCUCGGAUAUAACCCAGGUUGACCUUGAGAGGGUGUUAGAUUUGACCUCUGACCUGCUCCGCCUUGCUGACCGGUUACAGCCCGGACUUACCAAAAUCAGAGGCAUGUUGCUACUGGAGCGCUCCCGUGCUCUGGCGGAACUACUGUUGCGCUGCAACACGGGGACGGUAGGCGAAACUGCAGCUUAUUUGGAAGCUAAAAUAUGCAACAUUCCCGGUUCUGCGACUCUUUUACAGAACUUGACCGAGGAUCUAGCCAAAUGCGAGGAAAUUCUUCUCUAUGAUUCCCGGUUGUCAGAAGUCAGGGAAGUAAAGCGACGUCUAGAAACCCUUAAACCAGUCUCUUGUCAGAAGAGAUGAAGAAAAUAAACGUCACUAAUGAGAUAACUGGAGACUCGUUAAGACAGGUAUCCAUAAAGGCAAACUGAUGGAAAUGUCAACCGUCGUUUUAAUCUGUAUAGUUGUAUUUUCUCGAGCGCAUUUCAUUCACGAUUUUCUCUUAAUCGGUGUUUGUUUGUCUUUUGUUUGUUUCUUUGACAAAUGCAUACAUAUAUAUGCAAACUGUGGCGCCUCCAGGAUAUAUUCAGAAGGCGGGGAAAACCGUAGAAUUAACUUUACAUUUUUUACGGUGAUAAAUAUCCAAACUUUAAUUAUAAGAUUUAAUCAAACUAUUGUUAAUGAGGUAUGUCCCAUAGCUUUCUUAUCUUAGCAAGAAUGUAAUAAAGUUACUUAGUUUCAAACUGAA